AUUUUUUGAAGCGGGGCAACACUUGUUUACAUCAUGUGUUAACGGGACUGUCAUCUGCUAGCAUCUGAAGAGGAUCUGUUUACAUUUUAAUUUUGGAAAAGUUUGUGACUUUCUGGAAAUAUUUCGAGAUGGAUGGUCUUAGACUUCUAGAACCAUGUGAUUUAUACAAUAUGUUACAACAAGCGACUGUCUAUUCAUGUUUAAGUGAUCCAAAUUACCUACUUCUCAUGGAUGCCAGAAAGAAACAUGAAUAUAAUGAAAGUCAUAUAAUUACAGCGAAAAAAGCACCAAAAAAUGAAGAUGGUGAGUUUAUGAUACCCUAUGAUGCUGAACUAGAAUGUAAACAGACUAUUGUUGUAUAUGACAGUAAUACAGAAUCACCCAAACAAGAAGCACCUGCUACAGAUUACAGCAAGUUAUUAUGGGAAAUGGGAAGUCGUAAUAAAGUUUACAUAUUAAAAGGUGGUUAUGAAGAUUUUUCAGCACUUUAUCCUUUCUUACGAACACAGAAGAUAAUGUACAUGCCUAGGGAACUGGAUGAUCUAAAACCAUACCCUACAGAAAUUAUUCCCGGUUUCUUGUAUCUAGGCAACUGGCGUCAAGGUAACGCUCCGUAUAUACAGAAAGAUUUAAAGAUCAAGGGUCACAUAAACUGUGUUGUUGAAGCCGAAACUUUUUUUCCAGAAUCCGGUCCAUUUUUAUAUCACAUCCAAGUUGAAGAUACGAAUGACGCAGAUAUUUACAGUCAUUUUGCAGCAGCUUGUGCAUUCUUAGAUACUCAUCGGGAAAGUCGGAAAGCAGUUUUAGUAUUUUCUAACCUGGGUAUCAGUCGAUCAGUGACUGUUGUGGUAGCGUAUUUAAUGUAUCAUAAUAAAUGGACGCUACAGGAGGCGUAUGAUCGUGUAUUAAAGUGUUGUACGAAUAUUCGACCUAACCGUGGUUUCAUAGAACAACUAUCAAACUGGGAAGUCGAAUUAUUUGACACAAAGAAAACAGACAUCAGCGAUCCCAAUUUUUAAAACCCCAAAUACAACAUUGUUUUUAAUGAUCAUGUGGUAUGUAUUGUUAAAAAGACAAUGGGCGUGAAGCCAAAGAAAACAGACAUCAGCUAUCCCAACUUUUAAAACCUCAAAUACAACAUUGUUUUUAAAAAUCAUGUGAUAUAUUUAUUGGAAGACAAUGGGCGUGAAGCCACAGUUUUUAACAUUAUGAAAAUAAACAAGCAAACAAAAAUAACAUAUUGUUGUAUAACAAACUGACUUUUUGUUUCUCACUUCUCAGUAGUAAGGCAGAGACUUCAUACCACACGUGCAGAAAAGCACAGGUGCCUGUAACGUGGAAAAUGAAUUCCAACUGCCAAGGGAUAUUUUACGUGCACGCCAAUGUGUACACGGGACCUCGGUUUUUCGUCCCAUCCGAACUGUAACGUGGAAUAUAUUUCAAAAAUAACAUCAAGCUAUAACUAAGUAUAAUGUCUAAAGUCUGUUACGUCCAUGUUCGUAAGCGAGAUUUUUAAAUAAAUGGUCUGAUUCCGAUUUCUAACUCAGGGGCAAAUAACUCGUCUGAAACCGAUUCUCUUUCAGUAGGCUAGAUAUAAUACCAAGGAGGUGAGAAACGGGUUGGAAUAAAAUAAUUGGGAUCAAAGUUCACUACUCUAGAUUUCGUCAACCAGUGGCUAUACUCACUAAUUUUCGCUAGGUAGACAAUCGAGUCUACGAUGACGUUUCAAAAUUAUCCAUGUGACUCUCUCUCUCUGGUUUAGUUUUGAUUCACCACUUGGAGGUGACAAGGAGUAGGGUCGCCUAUCCAACCUCGUCUGUCGGUUUUCUCCGGAUUCCGCGUUUAAUGAGAUACAAUUAAACCAUAUGUUAGUUCCGAAAUGACUUCUAUUCAUUCAUACCACAUAUACAGGCUGACACAUGGCCCUGGCAAGGGACAACGUUGAGUUGUUUGGAUGGUACAAAAAUACAUAAUUUAACUUUAAUUACUUGACACCUUAACAUUAUCUGUGGGAUACAACUACUGGAUAUGUAUUAUUGUGAUUUGAUCUGUAUACGGAAAUGAAAUGGGGUUUAACGUCCUGUUAUGACCCGACUAAUGAUGACGGGCAUACAUCAUACAGUGUGCUAUGAGGGACAUUCUGCCAGAACAGCGGCGCUAUGGCCUACUCUUAUAACGAAUGCCAACUGCCAAGGGUUCUUUUCAGUGUACGCCAAUGUGUUCACGGGACCUCGGUUUUUCGUCCCAUCCAAAUGACUAGACAGCUGUCCUUGCCAGGUCCUCCGUCCGAAACCAUUGACGAGGGAAACCCCGCCAGAAAAUCCCGAUGAACUUUUUCGCCCAAUACCGGGACCUCCAGGUUAGCGCGCCAAGGUUACUGGGCCACCGCCCCCCCCCACCACCACCACCAAAUUUAAAAAAAAAAAUGUUAGUUGACAUAAUUAAUAACUACAAGUUGUAAAAAUCUUUGUUUUAUUUCACUCCACAACAUGAAUUUACAAAAUAUGAUUCUAAUUAUAAUUAUGUAUUAUUUGUUUGUUAAAAAAAUAAAUAAAUAAUGUUAACUGAA